AUGGAUGAACUAGAACAACAGAUAUUGAACGAACUAGAUUUUGCAGAAAAUAAAGUUAGAAUUAAAACAAAUAAAGUGAUAGCAGAUCUUUCUGAGAAAACACAACAUGCAGAUGUCUUGCAACAAAACAUAGCAUCUGUGAAGGAACACGGGUCAGACCUUCAGACAUAUAUAGGCAGUAAAAUGAUUGAAGCUGAUGUGGGAAUCGAGGAGAAAUAUAUCCAGUCUUUAACAAAGGAUGGAAGCCUUCAACAAAAUCUCUUGAAAUGCAAAAUUGAUGAUAAAAUAUCAAGGUUAACAUCAAUUAAAACCUUUGGAAACAUAUCUGUAGAACCAGGAUGUUUAUCAGUAACAUUAAAAACAGAAAAGGAAAAGCAGGCCCAAAUUUUAACAAACAUUCCUAUACCCAUCGAAAGAACUGUUGAUAAUAUUAAACUGUUAAUUGCAUCCAAAAUUGAUAUGACUGGAGAUUUGUUUAAAAAAUCUGAUAUCCGGGGGGCCGUCAUAUUAUCUAACGGACAAAUGUUAUUUGCAGAUUGUACUCAACGUAAGCUUAUCUUGAUCAAUAAAGAUGGUAAGCUCGCAAAAACCGUAUUAGUGACUAGUGGGCCAUAUGACGUUUCCAUCAUUAGUGACAGAACAGUAGCAAUGUCAGCAUUUCGUGCCGUUCAUAUUAUUGACAUCGAUUCAGAGGAUAUUAAAGACAAUAUCAAUACACACGGAGAGUGUCAGGGCAUAGAUUACCAUAGCGCAAGAGGAAUGAUAGUAUGCUAUGUAAAAUCAAGAGGAAUUCAGUCGAUUCAAUUAUUCGAUAAGACAAUUUCAACUAUCGUACAAGUAAGAGGUGAUUCGAAGACGGGUUCGUUCUAUAUUGCUGUCCAUGGCGAUAGUAUUUACGAAUCCAGGGCAGAACAACAUACUAUAACAUGUUAUUCCUUAGUUGGAGAGAAAAGGUGGGUUUACAACAACACUGACCUAUUGGCUUCUCCUAUGGCUAUUUCCGUUGAUGACAACUCAAACUUGUUUGUUUCCUCUAAUUUUACAAACAGUUUAGUUGCACUGUCGGCUGAUGGAACAAUAUGCAAGCAGCUUCUCAGUUUCGAAGACGGAAUCACGCGUCCGUUGGCCUUAUAUUUUGAUGUUAAGAAGAACAUCCUGCUUUAUGCAAAGAAAAGUGGACCAGCCUUUAUAUAUAAUGUAUCGUAA